UUUCGCAAGUUUCGUUUGUUACCGCCGUUCUCGUUUUCUUUCCUGUCGUGGCGUCAGUUAGCAGAACUUUAAUUGUAUAAAUACAUAUUACUGUGGCUGUGAAAUCGUUUGAUUACCUCGAAGUUAAUCGUCCGCUGCCAAACGUUACACUCGACGCUCACAAAAAUGCCGGCCAGCAGCAUCGAUUUGUACCAUAUGCAAGACGCUAGAAAUAAUUUUGACGCCAUGCGCCCCGCUCCAAUUUGUGCUGAAGCCAAUCAAUAUAUGGGUCAAUGUCAAAAUAUCCACGUAUCUACAAAUUGCUAUUAUGGCUAUCAUGACCCAAAAACAUUGGAAAACUCCCAUGUAACUACAGAUUGCGAAAUGCUGGAGAUGCCCCAAGCUGAUGGGAUGGCGUCAGCGUCACCCAAAAGUAACGCUAGAAAACGAAGUGCCGACGACAGCGAGUAUCCACUAAGCAAACGCAUACGAGAAGAGGGUACGGUGCCAGCGACUACCAACCACAACCCAUGUUUUCUCCGCCCAACCCACAACAAUCCAGACAUAUCUCGUUGUCUCAUGGUCCAUAUGAUCUAAUCUCUAAGCCUCUGAAGUCUCAAUACUGGCGAUUCCUAAGUCUAAUUCAGCAAUGUCCAUUUUAUCUACAGAAGUACAAAGAGAGAAAAACAUUGAACCUGAGACAACAGAGAACAAGAAUCUGGCCACAAAAGAAGAUUUAUUGGAGUCUCUAUACUGGAACAUUCAUGGCGGAACCUUUUUUCAUUUAAUACAAUGUUUGU